UUGAUUGAUUAUUGUUAUUAUUGUUUACAGAUCCUCUUUAUUUUUCUCUUUAUUUUCAGAGUUAAUGUGACGUUUUUCUGUGUAAUUCGAACCCAAUAUGCGCCACGGGUUUCCUCUACACUUGUCAUUAAUUCUGUUGGUGUUUCGAUUGCUACGAUGCCAAAUCUCGAGUUCGCUCGAGAUGAGAUAAACGCUAAUCCGGAUCUUCUACCAGAUCAUCGGCUUAGCUAUAUCUUCGAUAAUACUUGUGGCAAAGAAAGACAGAGUACGCAGUACUUUAUGGAACAUUGGAAAAUGGGAGCACGUGUUUUCAUCGGGCCCGAAAUGAACUGCCGAACAGAGGCAACAAUGGCUGCUGCGCAAAACUUACCGAUCAUUAGCUACAAAUGUAAGGAUCAAACCGUAUCCGACAAAAAAAAGUACAACACGUUCGCACGUACGGUGCCAGCCGAGACAGAUAUUGUCAAGGCUUUCAUCGCGUUAUGUCGUGAGUACAAAUGGAAGAAGUUUACCGUCAUCUACGAAGAACAUCCAGCUCAUGAAGAACUUUAUCAAGCGUUACAGAACGUAUCAAAAGUGGUUCGAUUCAGUGAAGUUCAAUCGGAGAAACUCAUCGAUAGCGUAAUUGAGCAGACCAAGGAUAUAACAAGAUGUGAGUGCUUAGCUAAGAGUGUGAUUGCGCUGUAUGUCACGUUUGGUAAUGUGCGUUUGUUCCGAAAAAUUCUCAUGUCGAUGGGGAAGUUGGGUUUGACGGACUCGCAGCAAUACUUGCUCAUAUAUCUCGACGCGGACUACAAUUGGUUGAAUGUCUACCAUGCAAUGAAUAAUCAUUUCUUUCGAAACACAAUGAUUGACCUGCAAUCCUCAUGGGACGUGAGCAAUUCUUCUGACCAUCGAAUCAUUGGUUAUUCUCGAGCAGCGCUGGCUAUCAUUCCAACUCCAGUAGAGCUGAAUUCGGAAAGAUUCAAGAAGUUUUGGGAACAAGCUGUUAAAGAUUUGGUUAACUUUGGAAUCACUAAACAUGAGCAUACGUGGUCAAUUAAGGUUAAUCGAUUCGCAUGUUAUUUGUAUGAUGCCAUAUAUUUGUACGCGCGUGCAUUGAACGAAUUGAUCGAGGAGACGUCAGAACAGCAAGCACAUGGCUACGAUCCAACAAGAGACGGAGCGGCGAUCAUUAGAAAGAUUCUGAAUAGAAAGUACUCGAGUAUGCAAGGUUUUGACAUGCGAAUCAAUGCAAAUGGAGACGCCAAGGGAAACUACACGUUAUUGGCUUGGCAAAAGGUGGAGCCAGUUAGAACGAAGGACGACGGCAAUUACUACCCACUCGACCACGCGCUUGACAUCACUGCUAUGUUCGUCGACGAGGGUGAUGGGCAGAAUAACAUGCCGAAACUAGUAUUUCAUAAGCCAAUCAUUUGGUUAGAUGGGCCAACUCGAGACCAGCCAUACUGCGGUUUCCAUGGAGAGUUAUGUCGGGACUAUGGAGGGUACAUUUCGGUCAUUUCCUUCAUGCUGUUUGCGGUUGUACUCAUCGGUGGUGCGAUUUCGGCUGGAUUUAUUUACAGAAGUCGAAAAUUCGAAAAAGAACUGGCCAUGAUAUGGAAAAUCGAAGUGCGCGAAGUGCAACACCUGAUGGAAGACAAUUCGUCUACGAUCUCCUUGUUUCCGGAUGGAAACGAUAUGGUUGACCAUCCAUGGUAUACCGGUACAGAUGGUGAAAAGAAGGGAUCAGGUCUUAGAGGUGUGGCAUACUAUAAAGGGACUCUUGUUGUGUUGAAAGAGUUAACCUUUUCGCGUAAACCGAGAGAGUUGACUAGGCAAGCGAAGAUCGAAAUGCGUGUUAUGCGCCAGCUGACACAUCCAAACAUAAACAGCUUUAUGGGUAUUAUACUUUGUCCAUAUUCAAUUUGCAUAGUUCGUGAGUUUUGCGCAAAAGGCUCCUUAAUGGAUAUUUUGCGGAAUCGCGAAUUCAAGCUCGAUCAUUUGUACAUCGCAUCUUUCGUUGAGGAUCUCAUAAAUGGUAUGGUUUAUUUGCAUGAUUCGGAGCUGAAAGUUCAUGGGAAUUUGAAAUCGACGAACUGCUUAAUCACAUCGCGUUGGGCGCUACAAGUUGCAGACUUUGGAUAUCACGAGAUCCGCGAAGGUCGUACUCAAAAAGGUGACGUCUACGCGUUUGGAAUAAUUUUGCACGAGAUUUUCACUAGACAAGGGCCGUUUCAGAUCUUUGCUAAAAACGAGGUUCAGAUAUCUGAAAUUGUCGCCCGUGUAGCUGGAGGCACCUGCACUCGACCAAGUCUUUCAUGUAUAGAAGGUCAGGACUACGUUACGGAUACAAUGCGUCUGUGCUGGUCGGAAUAUCCUGAGAAUCGACCGGACUUUAAGAAUGGUAUUAAGCAUAAGUUGAAACCGAUGUUCGCUGGAAUAUACAAGCGAAACAUUAUGGAUCAUAUGAUGGUGAUGAUGGAAAAAUACCAAAAUCAACUGGAAGACUUGGUUGACGAACGAACAGCCGAGCUGCGAGAAGAACAGAAACGCAGUCAGCACUUGUUACAGCGCAUAAGCGUUGCGCAACAGCUACUGGAUGGGCAAGACGUGGUACCUGAGUCUUUCCCAUCGGUUACUAUCUAUUUCUCUGAUAUUGUCGGUUUCACUCGGAUUUCUGGAGAAUCCACACCUAUGCAGGUAGUGACAUUCCUUAACAAAUUGUACACGAAAUUCGACAGAAUUAUCCAAAAAUAUGAUGUGUACAAGGAGAUUGCUUUGAUGGCAUUGCGAUUAUUACGAGCUGUUCGAAACUUCAAAAUUCCCCAUCGAUCGAGUGAGCAGUUAAUGCUGCGGAUCGGUAUCCACACGGGAAGCUGUGUAGCCGGCGUCGUAGGAAAGACUAUGCCAAGAUACUGUUUGUUUGGUGACACAGUUAACACGGCUAGUCGAAUGGAGAGCAAUGGAGAACGUAAGCGCUACUUAACUUUGAAGAUUCACUGCUCGCAGCCAACCAGAGAUGUUCUAACGACGAUAACUGGAUUUGUUCUGGAAGAGCGUGGCACUCUUACGAUUAAGGGAAAGGGACAAAUGACUACAUACUGGUUAUUGGAUGCCGAAGGUUAUGAGUUCUCCGACGACGAAGACUAUGAAGAAGAGGAACCAACCCUUGCACCCGAGAUAUUCCCAAGAAAUUCGACGUUCAGGGCAAUGCGUGGCUCUGGAUUUGGUCCGUUUUUUUUCCUGACGGCUCUUUUUAUGUAA